AGUCGGAGAAUAUCGUCAUCAGAAAAAGGGAUUUUUUUUUCCCGCCAAAUUGGGCAUAGACAAAUACCUAAAACCAGUGCCGUCUCCCGCCCAUACGCCAUUGAUAUCAGAUCCAGAAUUUCUUACAGCUCCACAAACUCUGAGAAUUUCAAACGGAAAAUCUGAAGAAGAAAAAAUGAGCGGAGUUUUAAGAAACAAAGUACAGAGGAAGUUCAAGAUGAGAGGUUACUCUCUCAAAGUCGAAGCUCUCUCCGAAGUCCUCUCUUUCCUUUCCCAUUUCCCCUCUGAUGCUCUCGACGACGCUCUUGAACUCCUUCUCGAUGAGCUUCACCAUCUUUCAUUGAAGUCUUCGAUUUUGGAUAGGGAACCGGUGCAUAAAGUGGUGAGCCUUUUAUUGGAGGCAGAUGCCGCUGUUGAAGAGAACCCUAGCUCCAGUUCUUCAUCUGCUUCUGCCCUUCGUGUUAUUGAUACUUUUAUUGUCCCUAAAUUCCGAUACGAUCCUGUUAAGAAGUUCUUUCAUGAGCACACAGGGAGGCUUCCCAUUCACGGUGAUGCUUCUGCAAAAGCCACCUUAUACAAGGAUAGAUUCCUCUUAUUGUUUCAAAGGGUAUCUCGUGAUCCACGGUUUUCAACCCUUGCUUUUGAUGCCUCUUCUUCUGAUUAUGGCAGCUGUGAGAUAUCUCCCAUUCAAUCUCUUGUUGGACGAGUAGGGAGAAGAUGGAUAAUGGGAGUAAUAUCUCAGUUGGAGGAUGGUCAUUUCUACUUGGAAGACCUUACUGCAGCUGUUGAAGUAAAUUUAUCGAGUGCAAAGAUAACUACAGGUUUCUUUGUGGAAAAUACAAUUGUCCUGGCAGAAGGUGAAAUGCAAUUGGAUGGUGUUUUCCAGGUCAGAACAUGUGGAUUUCCUCCAUUAGAGGACAGAGAAAAGUCCAUGGCUUUUUUUUCCGGACUAGACUUCUUUGGUGGUGGUAUUCUUACCAAAGAGGAAACUCUAAGGCUUGCAGAGCUGGAGAAAAAUGCUGUGAAUGAUAUGUUUGUUAUACUAUCUGAUGUAUGGCUGGACAAUGAGGAGACUUUGGGAAAUCUGGAGACAAUCCUCAAUGGUUAUGAAAAUGUAGAGGUGGUUCCAUCUUUAUUUGUCUUUAUGGGAAACUUCUGUUCUCAGCCAUUUAAUCUUUCAUUCAAGUCCAUCUCCAGUCUCAGAGUUCAGUUUGGAAAGCUUGGGCAAAUGAUUGCAUCACACCAACGACUAAAAGAGCAUAGUCGAUUUCUUUUUAUCCCUGGUCCUGAUGAUGUAGGUCCUUCAACAGCCUUACCCAGAUGUCCUUUGCCUAAAUACCUAACUGAAGAAUUUCAGAAAUAUGUUCCUAACGCAAUAUUCUCCAGUAACCCAUGCAGAAUCAAGUUUUAUACCCAAGACAUUGUGCUAUUCCGCCAUGAUAUGCUUUAUAGAAUGCGAAGAUCAUGUCUGAUACCUCCCUCAACGGAAGAAACCAGUGAUCCAUUUGAGCAUCUUGUUGCGACUAUAAUACAUCAAAGCCAUCUCUGUCCCCUCCCCUUGACGGUUCAACCCAUUAUCUGGAAUUAUGAUCACGGUCUACACCUAUAUCCAACCCCGCAUACGAUAGUGUUGGGGGACAAAAGUGAGCAGAAAGCUUUCAGAUACACAGGAGUUACAUGCUUUAAUCCUGGUUCCUUCUCAAACGAUGGCACAUUUGUGGCAUACCGGCCGUGCAAUCAAGAAGUAGAAUUAUCAGCAUUGUAACUUGUUGUAACUCAUGUAAGACAUUUUAUUAUCAAUUGAUUUUCAAAGUCAAAUAAUCUUGGGUGGAUGAGAACUUUUAAUACAGCCUCUCUACCAUCUCAAGGUAAGGGGUAAGUCUGCGGUAGGAUUAUACUAGGUAUGUUGUUGUAACACAAAAUUGGAUAUCCUCAUUCAAGACACUUUUUUGGUUCGAUUUCUUCACUUCUCCCUCGUGUUACAACAACAUAUCCACUGAAAUUCCACAGGAUAGAGUGUACACAUCAUAUUAUGUUAGAAUUUGAAAUUUUAGUGUAGCUCGAAUGUAUGUAGCAUGUUGUGACAUAUGGAACCUAUUUGUUCAAGAUGGCACAAGUUUCUUUCCUUUUGAGUAAUUGAGAAGACUUUUUUCA